UCUCAGAAGUGUAAGCUUUGUCGCCACUAGCACUCGGUUGUCUACACUUGAGGAAGCAUCCGGGACUUGCUUCGGGACGGGCGAGUGAAUCGAUCGUCUGCAGUGAUGGCUGAGAUUAAGGAACGCCAAUUUUCAAAACCAGUACGAAAAACCAAAUUGGAGAGUCUUCGAGACUUCAUAUGGAAUUCCGAAACUGGGGAAUGUUUAGGAAGAACACUGGGAAGUUGGGUGAAGAUUGUGAUAUUCUACAUAAUCUACUACGCCUGUCUUGUCGCCUUUUGGACAGGCUUGCUUCUAGCGUUCUAUCAGACAGUAGACGACACUAAGCCUACUUGGAGACUCACCGCUAGUCUAAUUGGAAACAGUCCUGGCCUGGGAUUCCGUCCUCGUCCACCAAAAGAAAACGCAGCAACUAGUCUUAUUUGGAUCACUCAUAACAAAAAGAAAAGUUGGAAACACUGGGUGAAAUCGCUUGAUGAAUUUCUCGAACCUUAUCAAGGGAAGCACCAAGACGAAAAUCUGUCAAGCACUUGCGGUUUUGACCAAGGCCCUGGUAAAGGGAAGGUCUGUCAUUACCCCAUGGAUCUUAUUCCCGUUAACUGCACCUCUGCUCAGUCAUAUGGUUAUGAAACUGGACAUCCAUGUGUUCUCAUCAAGCUCAACCGGAUCUACGACUGGGUACCAGAGCCUUUCGACAAUGAAUCUCUUCCAGAAGACAUGCCAGAGGAUUUGAAGCAGAACUAUGACCCGCGCUUUGUGUACAUCACGUGUGCAGGAGAAAAUCCAGCAGACAGGGAGAACAUCGGCCCUAUUAGCUAUUAUCCAUCCCAGGGCAUUCCAAGCUACUAUUUCCCGUUCACUAAUUUGCCUUCUUAUCAGUCACCAUUCAUCUUCAUUCAUCUAGAGAUGCCUGUAAAAGGGAUCCUCAUCAAUGUGGAAUGCAAAGGAUGGGCUUCUAAUAUGGCCUAUGAUCGAAAGGAAAGACUUGGCAGUGUCCAUUUUGAAAUUCUUGUGGAUUGAAGCCAAAGUGCACUAGAAAUGUAGAUCUUUUUUUUCUUCUCGUCUUUGUUAUUAGGAUUUUUCAGUACGUUAAAGUACGGGAACUUUUCAAGUACUCAAUAAAUAAGGCUAUAUUAUCAUACAUUGCUGUUUAUAUCGAGAAAAAAAAAGAUAAUAUCAAAUAUUUCGUAGCAGUUGUUUAAAAAUACAUUACAUUAUGAAAACAUCCUUGAAAAUUUACACGCAUUUUACUAGAGUUUAUCUUUGUAAUAAAUAUUUUUCAACUUAAAAAUUAUGUCUUCUAUAUUGUAAAAAUACUGUUUUGCUUAUCAUACACGUUAUUCACUAUUAGUAACAAUUCUACGUACGUGUGAAGUGUUACAGUUGUUUACAUUUUGAAUGUACAGUCAAUAAACUAUGCAAAAGAGAUUCAUUUCUAGCUAUUAGACGUUUCAACUUUUAAUUGUUAUUUAUACAAGUAGCUGACAUCAAGUUUUAUAAAAUUCCGUUCAACUAUACAUUAAAGUUUAGGCGCUUCAAUUAUGGCGCUAAAACAUUAUCAUGUUGGAGAAUUUGAUGAUUCUGACUCAAUCUACAGUCACAUAUACAAUUAUUAAAUUCAGUUUUAAACGUGAUUCUCAUAUUUCUUCUACUUAAUAAUAAACCAACAUUUCUAAGUUAUUUGUUCCAAUAACUUGAGUUUUGAUGAGUAAAUAUUCCUUUCUAUGGGCUUGUUAUUUGAAAUACACAUGCAUGCAUUUUAGGUAUUAGAAGUUAGUUUUAUAUAUAGUGUAGUUUAGCCUUAAGUUGUAUAGAGAAAUCGAAAAAAAAACUAUUUUGAUAAAACUGUGUUUGGAAUUUAUUUCUAACACUCUAAAAUGGCGUGCAAGCUGUCUGUGUCUUACUUUUCACCUAAUUUUGAUUACUUAAUAAGCGCUUUGGUUCGAUUGGACAGAGAAACAAAUGAUCGGUUUAUUCUUCUUAAUCUUAACCUUUUCGUUUAUAGGAAAGCAAAAGUGAUUUCUGCAAAAAGUGACCAGUAACCAAAUAUUGUGCUGAUUAAGCAGUUGUUGGUUAAGUGUUUUAAUUGUUCCGUUAUGUGUUGUAACACAAUUUAAAAUGAUUGAUCGAGUUAAGAAAAAAUGAAUUAAUAUAUAUAUAUAUAUAUAUAUAUGAAUCGAAGUAGGCGGCUCCUCUUGAAUUUUUACAGAAAGCUAGGUGUAAGUUACUUUACAAAUGUUUACCACCCUCAGAAAGCUACGUGUAGGUUACUUUACUACUGUUUACCACCCUCAGAAAGUUACGUGUAAGUUACUUUACAACUAUUUACCACCCACAGAAAGUUACGUGUAAGUUACUUUACAACUGUUUACCACCCUCAGAAAGUUACGUGUAAGUUACUUUACAACUGUUUACCACCCUCAGAAAGCUACGUGUAAGUUACUUUACAACUGUUUACCACCCUCAGAAAGCUACGUGUAAGUUACUUUACAACUGUUUACCACCCUCAGAAAGUUACGUGUAAGUUACUUUACACGUAUUUAUUACCCUCUCUUUCUAUUUUUACACAAAUAUGACGCUACAGACCAGGUAGAACUUGGACGAAGAUUAAACAUAAUCAAGAAACAUAGUAUGUUCUUGAUAAUAAACAAAGACAUAAAGAACGGUUUAAACAGCGAUGUUUUAGAAUAGAUAGUAGUAUAAACAAUUUGAUGCCUUGUUUAACCGUUGAGUUUCCUAAAAGUUGAAUAAUGAUCCAUAUCACAUAAUAACAACCUUUAGAGAAUUCAUGCGUUCUUGAAAGGUUGUUCUAUUUUUUAUUAUUAUUAAGCAAAGAGAAAACAAAACAUGAAAACAACAAAUUUUAUUUUAAGCUUUGUAAGAUGAGGGCAUUACUUGAUUAUUAUAGUGUUAUUGACACACACAACGACAAUAAUUCAUUAUCAUGGUGUUAUUGACACACACAAGGACAAUACUUGAUUACCAUAGUGUUAUUGACACACACAACGACAAUACUUGAUUAUUAUAGUGUUGUUGAUACACCAAACGACAAUACUUGAUUAUCACAGUGUUGUUAACACACACAACUACAAUAUAUGACCAAUAUUGGAUAAGAAGCAACUUAUGAGUAAAAAUAAAGAAAUAAUAUCUUUGUAAAAUAACGUUUUAGAAGUCUCUAAUUUCUUGUUAACUGAAAUAUAUAUAUAUUGCAGAACACUAACUCUUAUGCCGUGAUAUGAAAGAUUCCAGUCUGUCAAGUGGCACAUUUUUUGGUAAAAACAUUAAUAAAGAAAUAAAGCUAUAAAGGUGUUCAUUUAAUUAAAAUUUUAAUCACGUACGAGCCUUACUUUUUAUCCUCUCUUAGAGAUGCAUGUCAUGAUCUUUCUCAAUGAAUUAAAAACCUAGCAGUUAGGUUAGAAAAAGUUAGACAAAGAAACUGUUUUUUUUUUAGGUUUCAGACUUGGGGUUUAUACAGGUUCAAACUAAUUGAGAAAAGUCAUGCUUUAAAGACAAAAAGUAAAGUGUUUAAAGAUAUUGGUAAUAUAGAAAGGCAUUUUUUGUUAUUCAGACAUACUUCGAUUUAGUAUUUUUCACUAUGUUCAAUACUUUUGUCGUGAAUUUCUACAAAUGUUUCCUUUGAAUCCCUUUCGACGAACAUUGUAUAUAUGCUCAAAAGCACUGGUCGUUGUUCCAACGAGACUUAAGAUAAUUGUUUACCUUGCCUCAUUGCCUUUAACAUCAUUGUCUGUCAACUGCCUAUGACGUCACAUUCUCAUUGUGCCUAUUGAAUAUGUGACAAUUAAUACCAUUUUGUGUGAACUUGUGUAUUACACAUAUGAGCUCGAACUUUUAUGUAUUUAUCUGUAUUAAUAGAUACAGAGUGAAAUACUAGUGAUUGUAAACAUUGUAAAAAAAGUAAUCUGUAGGUGAAACAUGAUGGGUCAAUUUAAACAAUUAGAAGUCUCAUGCCUCUCAAAAGCGUUUGAGUUUUAUGUUUAUUGGAAAAUAAUUUCAGAUUCAAAGUAAAUCUUGAGUGAAAUAAUUUGAAAACAGACAAACAAAGGUCAAUGUGCUUCGAAUCUUUGUGAAGUUUCGUUAUAUUUCUUAUUGAGCUAAAUACACGGUAACUAUACUACUUUGUUUCACAGUAUAGUAACUGAUUUUUGUUGUUUUCCAAAUACUCCUGACCCAACAGAAAUACACAGCAAUACACUAGAUUAUUUCAGAAUUUAUAAACGAAUUUCUUUAAGCCUACUUUAGGGUAUUGUAGAAAUAGCACCUAAUGAAACUACAGACAACAAUUAUGAUGCCGUGUUUCAGGCCAUUGUAUAUUUCCGCCAUGUUGUAUUAGAGAUGAUAUUAGCUUAAAUAAAUCAAUAUGCUAGAUAGCUUCAGUUGUCAAUCUAAUUAAUUAAAAAUAUAAUUACAACAUGACAAAAAUCACGUUAGCGCCCCCUUUAAUUUUUCGAUUUUCAUAAAGACCAUUUGCCGAAAACAUUACCACUUUCCCUUACAGCCAUUAUUAUUUUUACUUCCGAUCUGAUAGAGCUUGAUGUAUAACAUGUAUAACAACAGGUCGAUGUUGGCUUUGACAGACUUUUGUAUUUUUAACAUUUGAAUCGUCGAAAAUUGUUAUUACUGUUGAUAGGAAUUAAAAUAUUAUAAUUAUCUCAUGUUAGAAAUAUAACUUGCAAAGACGAUUUAUGAUUUGUGCCUUUCAAAAUUACUUGCUAUCUAAUUUUGUAGUGCGACGUGUUAAGGUAUUUGAAUGCAAGGUUCGAUCUGUCUAAGCGUGAAGACUGGUACGCUCCGUACGUUUGUCUGUAUGAAUUAGUAUAAAUUACUAAAAUCAGUGUUUGUUCUUGUGCAGCUUUCCAUAAGUCUCACAAAUAAAAUGAUGAUUUACAUCGCAUGUGUGCGUUUUGUUUUUAUCUUGUGAAAGAAUUGAUUCACUUG